AUCAUGUCAGUGUUCGCGGGAUAUGCCGCGUGCACCCUCGGUGCCGUUUCGAUGCUUCUCUGCGUCUCUCUUGUCCCACAAGUCUAUCAGCAAGUCUCGAUGCUCCGGGACGAGUUGACGACUGAAAUGGAGGCAUGGCGUCUCGAGUCCGAUCAAAUCUACAUGGAUAUGCAGAAGUUCGGACGUGUCCGUCGUCAAGCCGGAGGAUACGGUGGAUAUGGUGGAUACGGUAGCGGACCAUCUGGACCAUCCGGACCAUCUGGACCACACGGUGGAUUCCCAGGAGGCCCACAAGGACACUUCCCAGGAAAUACUGGAUCAUCGAACACCCCAACUCUUCCAGGAGUUAUUGGAGUUCCACCAUCAGUUACUGGACAUCCAGGAGGAAGCCCAAUCAACCCAGAUGGAUCCCCAUCUGCUGGACCAGGAGACAAGUGCAAUUGCAACACCGAAAACUCAUGCCCAGCUGGACCAGCCGGACCAAAGGGAACUCCAGGACAUGAUGGACCAGAUGGAAUUCCAGGAGUUCCAGGAGUUGACGGAGAAGAUGCUGAUGAUGCCAAGGCUCAGACUCAACAAUACGAUGGAUGCUUCACUUGCCCAGCUGGACCACAAGGACCACCAGGAUCCCAAGGAAAGCCAGGAGCCCGUGGAAUGCGUGGAGCCCGUGGACAAGCCGCUAUGCCAGGAAGAGACGGAUCCCCAGGAAUGCCCGGAUCUUUGGGACCAAUUGGACCACCAGGAGCCGCUGGAGAAGAAGGACCAACUGGAGAGCCAGGAGCCGAUGUUGAACACCAAAUCGGACUUCCAGGAGCCAAGGGAACUCCAGGAGCACCAGGAGAGUCUGGAGAUCAAGGAGAGCAAGGAGAUCGUGGAGCAACUGGAAUUGCUGGACCACCAGGAGAGCGUGGACCACAGGGAGAGAAGGGAGAUGAUGGACCAAAUGGAGCCGCUGGAAGUCCAGGAGAGGAAGGAGAGCCAGGACAAGAUGCUCAAUAUUGUCCAUGCCCACAGAGAAACACCAACGCCGCUGUCUCUGGAAACCAAGGAUACAGAAACUAAUUUCACAUUAUUAUUUGUGAUUUGUGUUGUUGAAGAAAAUAAAUUAUUU